AUGGCGCCGCGCGGUGGCACCCCGGACUCCUUUGCUGCAGCCGCGGGCCCUGCCGUCGCGCAGGCCCCCCCGGCCACCGCCCCCGCCGCACCGCCGCGCCCGCGCUCCGCGGAGCCCUCGCCGCGCGACCGCCAGCAGCAGCGCCUCGCCGCCGCCGCCGCGGCGGCGUCUGAGCAGCUCGCGGCGCGGAUGGCUGCGACUCUCAAAGCCCCGCGCAGCAGCGUCGAGUUUGAAUCGACGUGGCGCGCCCUCAAAGGGGACGCGGCGCUGCAGGCACAGUACCUGUCGCUGCUGCCUGCCGCGCAGCUGCCCACCAUAUUUAAGGACUCGCUCACGGCGCCCGUCCUCCUGGCGAUCACGCGCGCCGCGCUCGCCGCCGUCGUGGCGCCACCAAACACAGCGGCGGCAGGGGGCGGGGCGGAGGGCGCCUCGACGCCGGCGGGGCUCGCGCCGGCGGCGGCGGCGGAGCUGGUGGCUGGGCUGACCAGGGUCCCGCGGUUCCCCAUGAUGGCGAUGUGCAUAGGGAGCAGGGACAAGACGGAGCUCAAGGCCUUGUGGGACGCGGCGGCGGCGGCGUUGGAUGGCGCGCCCGCUGAGCGCCUGCUGGCCGCGCGGGGCGCCUUCAGAGUCUGA